ACAGGAGGCGGGCUAGGCUUGGGCCGUGCAGUCGGCUGAUUCCUACUUCCUCUUUUGCCAGAGCCGGGUUAACUGAGGGCUGUUGGUGGUGGAAGUAACAGUUGUAAGCAUGCUGGGGACGGGGCUGGUCGUGUGGGCGCUGGUAUUGCUUGUGUCAGGUACGCUUGCGAAUGAAUUCAGUGUAUUAAGAUCUCCUGAGUCUGUUGUUUUCCGUGAAGGAAGUUGGCCAAUACCUGGAGACCGAAUUCCAGAUGUGGCAGCAUUAUCCAUGGGCUUCUCUAUUGAGGAAGACCUGGCUUGGCCUGGGCUCGCCGUAGGUGAUCUCUUCCGGCGUCCUCGAGCGACAGUCCUAGUCACAGUGGCAGGAAUAGACAAGCUAAUGCUGCCUAAGACUGGCAUAUCUUACCCAGUUGAGAAUGCAGUUCCUUUCAGCCUUGAUGGUGUUGCAAAUGCUAUUCAUACCUUGUUUUCUGAGGAAACUCCUGUUGUUGUACAGCUAGCUCCUAGUGAAGAGAGAGUGUAUAUGGCAGGAAAGGCAAAUUCUGUAUUCGAGGACCUUUCAGUCACGCUGCGGCAGCUUCGGAAUAGAUUAUUCCAGGAUAAUUCAAUUCUUGCUUCUCUUCCUCUCAACUCUCUGAGCAGAAACAAUGAGGUUGAUCUGCUCUUUCUGUCUGAAUUGCAAGUCCUGCAUGAUAUCACAAGCUUGCUAUCCAGGCACAAGCACCUAGCCAAGGAUCAUUCACCAGACCUAUAUUCUCUAGAGCUCUCUGGGCUGGAAGAAAUUGGUAAACGGUAUGGGGAAGAUUCUCAGCAGUUCAAGGAUGCCUCUCAGAUUCUUGCAGACUCUCUACAAAAGUUUGCAGAUGAGAUGUACAGCCUCUAUGGUGGUAAUGCAGUAGUUGAAGUGGUGACCAUGAAGACGUUUGACACUCCCCUUGUGAGGAAAUCACGAUCCAUCCUACAGUCUACACAGUCUCCCAAAGUCCCAGACAAUCAAUAUAACUUGGGAUAUCCAUACGGUUUUAACUAUGCCGUAAUCUUCAAUAUAAUUCUGUGGAUCAUGAUUGGCCUGGCCAUAGCCGUGAUUGUCAUCUCCUACAACCUCUGGAACAUGGACCCAGGCUAUGACAGUAUCAUUUACAGAAUGACCAACCAGAAGAUUAGGAUGGAUUAAAUUUCAGAGGAGGAAGGCUUCUUUCAGUGCUUUGACAUGACUCAAUAUGGACUCUAUCACAGUCCAGCUAUUUCUGUGAGGUAUCCCCUUGUGUUUUCCUUGUGGAUAUAUAUUAGAGUUUAGUGGGUAUGGUCAACUUGAAGAGCUUGAACUGCACACUGCUAUGAAACCAUGAUUUAACUCUAUUGAUUAUAUACAUGUAAAUGAUUCCAUUUUGUGACCGUGUAAUAUGCAUUGUUUGAAGCACUUCUCUGUACUGUGAGUAAAUAUGUGAAACACAUGCACUGAAAGUAUGCUAGCAACUUGCUUUGUGUUAAAUUCUUUACCCUGGAGGUCUAGGAUAUUGUCCUUGAGCCUAUGUUGUAGAUUAUGAAUUAAUGGCAAAUGUUAAUGUAAAUACCUCAGAUUGCUGUCUGUAGGGAUGUAGUUCUGUUUGAGCUUAACUUUUAAAUAUAAAGCUCCUCUUAACCAGAACUAUUCUGUUAAAAUAGAAUCUGGUGUGCAUAUGUGUGUGUGUGUGUGUGUGUGUACACUUGUGAGCCACCCUACAAACUUUAUUCAAAGUGAGUGUUCUUGAAAAGGCAAUGUAAGAAUGAUCUGGCAUAAGGGGUGGGGAGUGUAGUGUGAUAUGUGUUAGCAGAGCAGAAAGUGUUAAACUGCAGAACUCUUCUCUAAUGCCAUGGUUGUACCAGCAAAGCUCAUAUGUAUUAUAAUUUAUGAAUACUGUCUCCUAUUCAAAGGACUCCUACUCUAGAGUGUGAUUGUGGACCAAUACAUAGCUGUGAGCCUAUCCAUAUCACUAUUGAGAAGCAUGGUAGGUCUAGCCAUACCAUUAUUGGGGAGCGUGGUGGCUGUGGAAAGUGGCACUCAUAUGGCACAAGUCAGCCUUCAGCAUGCAUUGGGAAAACUGGAAAGUAGUCCUCCUAAACUUAUGCUGAAAUUUGUCAGACUUUAAGAUGCCACAAGAAUACUUGCAGCAUGUCUUAGGAAAUCUCUCCAAGCUGAAAUAAAAAUCUUGCAUACAA